AUGGAAAAAUCUCCAUUUGGUUCGAAAAGGCACGAUGACUCUGAAUUCAACUCGAAAGAAUGGGGACUCAAAGCUCGAAUCAGCCGUGAAAAUACAAGGUCAAGAAGAUUUUCUGCAUCGAAUAUUAGAAGUUUUAGAGAAGAUGCAAGGUCUUUCAGAUCAAAUAUAACCAUUUCUAGUACUGCUUCUUCUCCUGGCUACACCUUAGAAGAGGAAAUUGACCCUUCAACAUAUUCAUUCACCACAGCCCUGAAAGCAUUGCAGGCAAAAACUGUGUAUUCUUGGGAGUACCUUUCUCCUGAUGGCUUUGUUCUCAACUCCAAGGGGAAUGAUGCAGAAAAGUACAUUUCAAAUCCUCUCUCAGGAGAGGUUCCGUUUGAGUGUUUAUCUGCGAAAACUCUCAACGGAAGAUCAUUUCGAAACCUUACCAGCAAAAUUACAAUGUCUGCUCCACUCAUUUAUCCUAGUCACUUGCAGCAAUUCGACACCAAGUCUCCCAUUGCAGAACAUGAUAGUGAAGUUCAAAUUCCUGAUCGAGAGAAAAAUAAAAUAAGCAUGACUAGAGAUAUGGGGACUCAAAGCACGUCGGUUCACCUUAACUCAGGCAGCUCGAGUCCUGUACCUACACCUUCAAUUAUUUCAAGCGAACUAUCAAAACCAGAGAAUGAGGUAGAAGUGAAAGAAACAAGAGAGAGAGAGGACACAAAAAUAAAUGAAUUAGGAGAGAGAAAGAAGAUGUGCAUGCAAGGUGGAUGUCUUUCACUGAGGAAUUUGUGGACGAGAAAAAGGCAGAAAAAGGAGAUAAUCAAGAAACAAGAAUACCUUUCUUAA